UCUGCCUAGGUUGGCUUGGCUACUACUACUCUUUCGUGUUUUUGUCGUGUAUGAUUGUACGCGUAUAUGAUUGUAUCUAUACACAUACAAAUACGCCGCAAGUUUAAACUGAGAGAGAGAGAGAGAGAGUCAGGUACCCAUGGAAGCCGAGCAGGUGAAGGUGAAAUUCAAGCGACAAGAGGAGACCCAACUUUGUGUUGACGACGAAGAAGAAGAUGAUCAAGAAGAGUUCAUCGCUCGUCCUCGCUAUUUUCUCUGUAUUUCAAACCCGUGGCAGAUUAAGCAGAGGAGGUCAUCACUCAAGACCGUGAAAAAACCGGCCCCAUCAACCCCUUCGAGUCUCCAAUCUAAGGCCAAACAAGCAAUUUCUGAUGGUUGCAGAAAAUAUGCAAGCUGUAGAAAGAAGAGGACGAGGAUUGAAGACUUGUAUAAUAAUGACGAAGCUAAGUUUUCUGUUAUGGAGCGCACUGAAGAGGUUCUGGCAAAUGUAGCAGAUGGAUUCCCGAGCUUUGUUAAGUGUAUGCUUCCCUCAAAUGUUACCCAUGGAUUUUGGCUGAUUCUUCCUAAAAAAUUCUGCAAUUUGCAUUUGCCAAUGCAUGAUACCACAUCACUGGCGGUGAACAUAGUAAGAGUAUAUGGUUUAGAUGAAGUAGAUGCAGCUCUUUGCAUCAUGAAUUUAGUUUCUCAUGCAACAAGAACAUACUCUGAUAAGAAUAUCAGGACUCAGAAAAAGGCAAAGAAGUGUGUGAAGUCUCAUCUGCUAGAUAUUCCUCAAAAGAAUAUUAAAAAAAAUGGUUUUGCUGUACUACAUUCUAACCAAGGGCUUGUAGCAGAUAAAUCCAAAACUUACAGCAACAGUUUUGGCUCUGAAUUUUUGGAAGCCAUCAAGCCAACAAGUACUCAAGCUGCAGUCAAAAUCCAAUUCUGCAUGACCAUCCUCUCAAGGGCAUCAAUUGUAGGUUCACAGCCUGAAAAUUUUCAUAGUUUGUUGAAAGUUGAUGCCGUUGGAGCUUGCAAGCCUAUAAAUUUCUCUUAUCUUGAAGUUGAAGACAUGACUUGA